AUGAUACAUUACGAGUGUAGUCCAUCACCAUCGACAAUAAUGCGUGAAUUCGAGUACAGUAUGGAGGAACGUCAGCAGCAAGGCGAUUCCUCGAAUUCACCUCCACCAUUCAUGGGUAAUAUUUCACCGACAAUGGUUCAUGUAAGACCGUCAACUUCAUCGUUUGUUGAUUCGUUCGGAACGGACCAAGAGCACGACGAAGACAGGGAGCAUCAGAAAGUUGAGAGCAGGAACAACGGCGGAUCGGGCAAGAGCACAGCAGUGCCACACUUCUUUGGUUCACCACCGGCUAAUGAUCAGUUAUGGAGUGGAAUGAUGGGCAGUGAAGAGGACAGUGAAUUGGCCAGGAGGAAAUCAUCAGUGGAUGCGGAAAAUGAAACGAACAGUUUGUUGCCACCGGGAUUCUUCGAUAGGAUCCAGAAGUCGACAGCCGUUAAAGCACCGAUGCCAAUGAUCACCUCAAUUGCCGACUUAUUGGUGGCCAUCCAUACGCAUACCCAACCGUCAGAGAUAGCGUUCUUGGUAGCGGAUUUCACGGCGAAGAACGUGUUGGGAGCAGAAGAGCAGAAAUUGAUCGAGAACGCAAUCAAGAAGAAGGUGUUGGUGGAACGAAAGAAACGUGGCGAUAUUAUCGAAGAGGUUGAUGAGAAUAAGAAUACGAAAUCGAAAAAAUUCCCAUCGUCCAGUAUGAAACAACAAGCGGAUAGUGGCGAGAAUGAAGAGGAUUUGUUCACAGCGAGUGACUUUGAAACGGGUUCGAAGCCGAGCACGUUCGUUGGCGAUGUGAAUGCGGAAAAACUGAAGGUAUUUUUAGUGAUGUUGCCAUUUUCGAUUCAGAGUUUUAUCAUUGACACUGAGUUUUUGGUAGUUUUAUUGAUAGAAGAGAAUUGUUUAUAUUUUGCAAUCGUUUAUGUAUGCAAUGAUCUUAUCGAAAAUCGUAUGUUUUGA